UACCGGGGAUCUAGUUUGCACGACACAUAACAAAACCCCCAGCUCACAGGAGAAUUCGCUUGGAUAUUUGUUUAUUACUGUAUAUGCUAGCUUUAAUGGUUCUAUUAAUUAUUUAAAAUCCAACUACAAGAUGGACAUUUUAUUUUGGAAUUUUCUAAACAAUUCUCAGCUAAAUACCACCGGUCCGCCCGAAAACUUGACAUCCGUUUACUCAACGGUGUGGUGGAUUCAAAUUAUAAUGGCUGUUCUAAGUAUUAUAGGCUCAGGGUCCAUAAUAUUUUAUGCUGUUUUCCAAAGACUUGUAAGAACAUCUGAGGUACAGCCUCUGUUCCUAUUGAGUUUAACCGACUUGCUUUUGGCUGUGAGCUGGUUGAGUGGUGCACUGCUCUUCAAGUCCUGUGACUCCUAUGUCUCCUGCUACAACCUCCACACAGUGGAACAGACCCUCUAUAUGGCUUCCUUCUUCUAUACACUGAACUACGUGUGGGUGCUGUAUAUGGGCCUGAAGGACAAUUACAACCGGACACUGAAUGGGUUCCCAGCCCAGUUUCCUGCUCAGAUGAGCCACUGCAGACAUCGGGCUGCGAUUAUGUCAUGCCUUUUGCCUCUGCUGCUCACAGUGCCAGUAUACAUAACAGGAAACAUUCACCAGUGUUACAUAAACUUCACCCAGCCCUACAAGUGUCUACUGUUGCACACUGGUGCUCUGUACUUAACCUCGCCAGUGAGUAAUAUGCUCACAUCCUGUAAGAUCAUCAGCACCUACACCAUCAUCAUCUUCCUCAUCACUUUCUUCUUUACUCUCAUUGGGAUUGUGGUGAUCAUGCAUAAAGCUUGCUCCUUGUACAGGCGCUGUUUCACAUCUCGUGGUUUCUUUGGCGACCGUCAGUGGGCUACGCUGCGUGUACUAGAACAGCGUAUGGUUCUUUACCCGUGUGCAUACCUUUUCUGCUGGGCACCAGCAAUUCUCCUGGCCUCGCUGAUGUUAAUCAGACCACAGGAAGUCAAGGGGAGGGUGGGAAUGAUCCUCUACAUUCUAGAGGCCUUCACCUGUGCCUCUCAGGGUUUCUUGAACUGUAUUGUGUAUGGCUGGACACAGCAGCAUUUUCGAUCUCUCAGUAGUGUCACCGUUCGAGAUGCCGACACCCAAACACCGCUGCUCCGCUCCCAGAGGCGAACGUAUGCCUCCCUCAGCUCUUCUAGUUUACCCACACAAAUUGUCUGAUGGCUAUGAAGAAAGAACCAUUCCAACAGCCCAGUCUGUCAUCCAAGCAGCCUUACAACAUGCCCUCCUGGACACUGGACUUGUUUGUGUGUGAACAAACACUUGAAAACAAAAAGGAAGUGUGGGCACCAAUGUGUGAAGGACCUUUCUGAAGAGACUUGAGUUGUCUUACUUCUAAGGUCGCAAUACAGGCAGUAGGCCUGUUGCCAAGGUGACCAUGCCAGAUGCAAGCCAAGGUGGCUAAAAAUCUAUGACAAACAAGCCUAUAUGAGAGUUUUGAAAAGCAUCUAGAAAGGGGAGGGCCUUUAGCAGCAGUUUUGUUAUGAGUUCUGCCACUGCACCUGCUACCAGAAUGAAGCAAGGGAAUUCCUUUCUUAUGACUAUGGCUUUAUUGAAAUGCAACACAAUUGAUGAACUUUUAACAUAGGAUUAGAGAAUGGAAGGUGAGAAGUUUUGGUCACUUUAUAUUACUGUUACCCUGUGCCAUCACUGACUGAAAUGGAGGACUUGUGUGUUUUCUAUGCUAAGGUUGAAUACCUGGCAAGGGAGUAUACUUUUGUCAGACUGAAAUUAUAGAGUGUACAGGAAAGUGUCUCCUAUAAGGCCCCACCACAAUCAUGAUAAAUUCCACAAAUUAAAGUGUGUGUUUAGUCAAACACUGAAUAAAUGGCAUACCCACUGCUAGCUUAUUCUUGUUGAUGCAUUAAAAUCACAAUAUAUUCUAUAUACCUGAAGAAGCAGAUCACACAUAUGGAAAACUGUCAUAACAGAAUCUAGGCAUGUAGAAAUAAAACAGCAUGUAUUUUUAAAAUUAUUUUCAAUGCACUAAUUACAUAGUGGGGAUCACAUAGCAUGGAGCAAGGUGGCUCCAGAAGACACUGCAGCAGUCCACCAGCUGGCUCAAAGUUACAAACCAUCUGAAGACUGCUCGGUGAAUUUUGGACUUUGUUGUGUUGCAUGUUCAUGUUCUGUGAAUCGAGCAUGAAUGAUGCAGUGGGUGUUGAAGGGAAAGACCGUAGGACAUUAUGAGGAAAGGAAGAGCAGCCAGAAAUAGGAUCUGAAAGAACAACAGUAUUGCUAAUUCCAUCCAGAAAAGAGGAAAAAGCCCUUUUGGUGUGUAAGACUUGUAACUUGACUUACAUUUAACUGCACUUAUUUAAGACUCAUAUUGAGACCUGUUUUGUGUGCUGUGGUUGAGAGUUCAUAUGAAGCGUAUACUUCACAAAAACAUGACUCGAUGCAAUGAUCAGAGGUUUCACUUUCUGAAGUGUGCUGUGAAACCCAAUGGUGUGUUGUAAACCAAAAAGUGCUGAAAAUCCCAAACCAGCAAAACAAUAUUCAAACUGUUAGGUCAGUAUUCAGCCGAAAGUACUCUAAGUUUCUGUGGCACAAAUAAUGUAGCUGUCUUUUACAUAAGUGUUUACUUAAAUAGUAAGUAAGCUGUGCAGUCUUGGACUGUUCUCAAAUGUAUGUCUUGUAACACAAGACAUAUCAAACAGGAAUUUCCAGUUUUACAGUACUUGAAUGAACUCAGUUUGUGUUUAAAAUGUGAUACAUUUGGCUUGCAAGUCUUUCUUAUACAGCAACCCUAAUAUAGUUUAUCCUUCAGGUGCAUUAUAGUUUUGAUUCAAAGAAAUACAUCAAUGCCCUCUGUUCUUGUCAUCUUAUGACUUUGUCCUGUUUCGUGAGUCUCUUUUUAGACCUUAAUGUUUACAUGUUUGUGAGAAGAUUUGAUAAUUUAUUUAAGCCAAAAUUUAUAAACAAAUGCCAGUGUAAAAAGACAUGUUCUUAAAUGAUCCUGCAAAUAAAUGUCACAAUGUGGUUUGAUGACUGAAGAUAUAGUUGGUGUCUUUUGUGAGUGCUGGAACUCAAAUA